AUGCCGCAAUUAUCCAAAAGAAAGUUACAAUUAAAGAAAAGUCGAGAAAUAAGGAAAGCCAAACGUCAGCGCAAUGCAAAUAACGAAACAAAUAACGAAACAAAUAACGAAACAAAUAAUGAAGUGAAUAACGAAGUGAAUAAUGAAGCAAAUAACAAAGCAAAUAACAAAGCAAAUAACGAAGCAAAUAACGCCUUUAAAAGGUUAUUGCAGGCAGUUCCUGAAGUAAGUACUUAUCGACCACUUGUGUAUGUUGGGAAUUCGAAAAGAUCAAGAAGGCGCCGGAGGCAAAUACAACGGGAGGCAGCAGUCAGAACAUCUAAAUUAGAAUCAUUUUGGUCACAAGUAACCACAGAUGUUAGUUCUUCCAGUUCGGAUAAUAAUUCUGAAACUGAAUCUGAAUCUACCUCAGAAAUUGAGGACAAUGUAAAUUUAUAUAAUCUUGCUAUUGAACAACUGGAAAACGAAGUUAAAAGUAACAGUCACAAUGAGAUUGAAAGUGCCCACCUUAAUGCAAUGUUAUCUUAUCUUCGCCUUGUAAAAUGUGGUGAGGGAAAAACUAAGGCUAGUGUUACUGUGGCUAAAGCCACCGGAAAAAACAUUUAUCGUGCUCGUUCUAUACGAGCUUGGACAUCAAACUACCUUCAAAAUGGCACUUUGCCAGUAUCGAGACAAGGAAAACAUCCGAAAACGUGGAGUUUUUUGUGGGAUGAUGAUGUUUUAUUACAGAUCAAAUCUUUUCUUCGAUUAAACAAAUGGUGUGUCUCUUCUAAAGAUUUGACAAAUUAUGUAAAUGAUGAGGUGCUUCCCAAACUUUGA